AUAAUAUGUUAAAAGAAUCGUGCACAAGGACAUAUUGGUAAUUGGGAAACUGCUCUCUUCUUCACCGGUGCCCGCCUAUCGUUCCCGUCCAUGAAAAUCAUACAGUUUUAUCCGUUAAAAGCAAAAAGAAGUAAAGAUAAAAAAGAAAGAAUGCGAAUAUUUUCUUCGUCUUCCUCAGCAAAACCCAACUUUCCUCUCUUUUCUCCUUGUCAAACCCCCAACAAAUUCACCUUCAAAACAUUACUUCCCUUCAAAACUCUCCUUCCCUCUCCUUCCCUCCUCUCUCUCCCUCCAUGCUCAUCCAAGAAUUCCUCCUCUUCUCCAGUCCUGGACCAAGAAGCAGGCCAACAAGACUCUUUGGAAGUCAAUCAGGACACUUUCAAGAAGGUCCUGGUUGUUCGCAGGCCAGUCAUGGAUGCUUCCGGUGAAGAAGAUGAUGAUGGGAGUGAGGUUGGUGAAGCAGAAGGUAAUGAUGAUGUGUUGAAAUCAUCGGCUAUAGAUGCUGGUCUUGAAGAGUUUGCCAAGAAGAUGCCUAUAUUUGAGCCCGAAAGAGUGGAGGCUGGCGGUGCUCAAGAGAAGCCGCUUACUGUGAACUUGGACUUGGCCUUGUAUAAAGCGAGGGUUUUGGCGAGGAAGUAUCGGUAUGAAGAAGCUGAAAAGAUACUGGAGAAGUGUAUAUACUAUUGGCCAGAAGAUGGGAGGUCAUACGUAACAUUAGGGAAGAUAUUGAGCAAGCAAUCAAAAAAGGCAGAAGCGAGAGCUGUGUAUGAGAGAGGUUGCCAGGCUACUCAAGGAGAAAAUCCCUACAUUUGGCAGUGUUGGGCUGUGUUGGAGAAUAAGAUUGGAAAUAUAAGAAGGGCUAGAGAACUUUUUGAUGCGGCCACAGUUGCUGACAAGAGACACAUUGCUGCCUGGCAUGGAUGGGCAGUUCUAGAGCUAAAACAGGGUAAUGUCAAGAAGGCAAGGCAUCUGCUUGCUAAAGGUCUCAAAUUUUGUGGUGGAAACGAGUAUAUCUAUCAAACCCUUGCAUUGCUGGAAGCUAAAGCAAAUAGGUACGAGCAGGCUCGAUACUUGUUCAGGCAGGCCACCAAAUGCAACCCAAAAAGCUGUGCCAGCUGGCUUGCAUGGGCACAAUUGGAGGUGCAACAGGAAAACAAUCGUGCUGCUAGGCUACUGUUUGAGAAAGCAGUCCAAGCAAGCCACAAGAACAGGUUUGCAUGGCAUGUUUGGGGAGUUUUUGAAGCUAAUAAAGGCAAUAUUGACAAGGGAAGAAAACUUUUGAAGAUAGGCCAUGCACUCAAUCCUAGAGAUCCCGUUUUACUUCAGUCCCUUGCUUUGUUGGAAUAUAAACACUCAACAGCAAAUCUAGCUCGUGUUUUGUUUAGGAGAGCCUCUGAGCUGGACCCAAGGCACCAACCAGUGUGGAUUGCAUGGGGAUGGAUGGAAUGGAAGGAAGGGAAUAUAUCAACAGCGAGGGACUUGUACCAACGAGCACUGUCAAUUGACUCAACAACUGAAAGUGCUGCUCGAUGCUUACAGGCUUGGGGUGUUUUGGAACAGAGAGCCGGUAACUUAUCAGCAGCUAGAAGAUUAUUUAGAUCCUCACUCAAUAUAAAUUCUCAGAGUUACAUAACAUGGAUGACAUGGGCAGCAUUGGAGGAGGACCAAGGAAAUGCUGUGCGUGCUGAAGAAAUUCGUAACCUCUAUUUCCAGCAGCGUACUGAAGUUGUGGAUGAUGCUUCAUGGGUAAUGGGAUUUUUUGAUGUCAUUGACCCAGCUCUUGACAGCAUAAAGAGACUUCUGAACUUGGACCAAGGCCUCAGCAACAAGCCACAGGAACCUCUGAAAGAUGCAGCUAACGAAAAUGGUGCUCAAGAACCAUUUGUUAGCCCACAUUCUGGACAAAAUGAUGGCACUGAUAUUAGAAAUGGAAGUGGAUUUGAUUUGGACGCUUUCAUCAAAGAUACAUUGUCAUUAGACCCGUCUAAGCUGGACAUUGUGAUGGAAAACUCUGGAAAAUUUUCUCCCAAGAGAAUUACAUCUCCAAAAAGAAUGGGGAGAUCACACAAGAGACCAUGACUUUGCCUCGGCCCAGCAUAUAAAAGUUACAAUACUAUUGUUAUCUAAGAUGCAACAAUGGAUGGUUCUUAGACACUUUAUGAAACUGGAAAAAUGUUCAUACACAAAUUGUAGAGAAUCGACUGAUACCAACUGCAGCAAUGUCAUGAUCUCUCAACAUCAAGAACGGAGAUUUAAAUCUUGCAAAUGACCCUAUCAAGUUUUUCUAGUUAGGCUCUCCUCUACAAAGCUUGACAUCCAAUCAAAGUAGAGUGAGCUCCAUGUCCUUAGAGCCAGUGUGUCCGAUUACCAUCAUUGGUCAUCAAUGUAUCACAAUUU